AUGGCUGACGCUGCACAGCCGUCUGGCGGUCAACGGCCGGUCUCCCCAAUACGGCCCAUCACACGCCUCCUAGAGGAAGCCCAGCCCGCGGCGCGAGUGUCGCUGACGGACCUGCCCAACGAGGUCCUCUCGCUCAUCCUCGACUACCUCCUCCCCACCGUCUCGCCCACGUCGUCGACCUACCCGAACCCGGCGCUCGAUACGCUCGACAAUGCCUUUACGCUGCCGAGCAGCACCGUGUCGCACCUGUACCAUGCCAGCCUGGCCUGCUCGACGUUGCACGGCCUGGCCCAGCACUCGCUGUGGCGAGCCCCUCUCCUCACGUCGCUCCGCGCCAUCCGCCUCCUCGCAGCGGCGAUACAGGACGGAUCGACCGAGAGGGCGGGCACCAUCCGAGCGCUGCACCUGCCUGCCGCCGACGGCGUGCUAGAGGCCAACGACACGCUGGCCGAUCAGAGCGCGUACCAGACGAGCCUGCGCACCAUCUUUGACCACGCCGACCGCAUCGACUGCAUCAGCCUGGGCCACCGUCCCGCUGGCCGGGCGUUCUACGAGUUUCUGCACCCGCACACCGCUGCCCGCCCUCGUACCGCCAUCCUGGGCAACCUCAGCUUCUCGACGCCGCCGUUUUCGCAGCUCGACCUGGCGCCCCUCUCGUGCGUCCGCCGGCUGCACCUCGUCAACAUCGUCCCGCCGCCGGCGCUCAUCUCGUUCCUGUGCGGGCAGCAGGUCGAUACCGACUCGGCCGCGUCCAAGCUGGACGGCACCGCCAACCCGAGCCGCUCCCUCACCCACAUCCGCCUGUCGCUCCUCCCACCGGACUCGCUCCUCUCCUUUCCGGCGUUUAUCGAAUGGCGGCGUGCCUCGGACGCCUAUGACCGGCUGCCGACGAGGGUCAGGCUCCACACGCCCGCCCCUCGUGCUCCGCAGGGUCCGGCGCGGCGGUUCGCGGCCCAGGAGGCGCUCUACACGCUCGCGACGCACUCGCACCUCUUGCCGAACUUGCGUGCACUCCUGCUCGAGCUCGUCGCUCUCCACCCGCUCUCCCCGCCCGAAGACGACGAAGAGGAGCGUUUCAAUGGCUUCAUCGGCGCGGCCAAUGCGCAGCCAAACGCGGCAGAGGGGCAUCUUAAUGGCGCCGGCGUGCUGGCGACGACCAACUACCCGGCCGACGUUCCCGUCGCUCUGAGCGAAGAUGAACAACGCUUCCUCGAUGCAGAGCGUGAGCGACUCGACGAGGACGGCAACAACGACAACGGCGACGGAGGAGACUCGUUGCGGACCGCGCCGAGGGACCAGUACUGGACGCAGAUCCAGGCGGGCAAGCGCGCCCUCGUCCAUCUCUGGAACGACGAGCAGGGCCCGCGCGACACGGCCACCGACAUCCGCAUCGUCGCCGCGCGUCCCGGCGGGCACGACAAGUACGAGGGCAUCCACGAGUUCCUCUGUCAAUCGGGUUGCUUCACGUCAGUCGUCCGCGAUGCGUCACCAGAGACGGCAGCGGCGGGGACAGCCACGGCCGACGUCGGGUCGUGGGCCGAUCCGGACGUCUUUGAACUGGCACGCACGAGACCCGCCCUCGCCUAUCGACCGCGCGAGGGCAGGCGCGGAGAGGGUGCGGGCGACUGGAGGGGUCAGGGCAGCUGGUGGACUGGCGAGCUGCCCCGCGUGCGAUCCAAGAGGCCCCGGUGA